AUGCGUGAGAUUGUAGGCAACAAAAGGCUUUCUGACGUGUCGGACGAGGUGGCGGCCCCGCCCAAGCGCAAGAACCUCACCCAUGCUGUGAUGAGUGAGCGGUAUCACGCCGGCGGUGUGGUAGAGGGCGACUCUGUCACCGUCGCUGCUGCUCGUCAAGAGCUUGCCCGCAUCCAGAGAGAUCACCGGUCAUUGCGGCGUAAUGAUGAGGAGCCGAGUCAGACACCCCGACUGAGCGAGUUGCUUCGUCGGCAAUCUAAGGGCCGAGAGGAUGUCGAAGGAGACGACCAAAGUAGCGAUGAUGACCGGAGCAAUUCCCGCUCCGAGCCAGGCAUCGCAGUAGCAGAAGGGCCUGUACCGGAAGAGCCUAUCGAACAGCGAGGGAAGCGAGGCCGGCCUCGAAAACAGCCCCCUUCCGAUCCGACUCUUCGCCGUCCGCCUGGCCGACCACGGAUACAUCCCCUUCACAAUCCAGCUGCUCCUCGCCGCCCACGUGGCCGUCCUCGCCGUGUCACUCGUCCAGAACCUUCUCCAGCGCCCCUACGCAGCCAAAUUCGCCAUGGUCGCCCACCAAAGCCGAGACAACCAGUAGGCCGUCCUCGCAAAAUUCCGGUCAAUGACCCGCCGCCGGUCCCGCCCCGCGAUUUCAACGAACCGCCUCCUAAAUACACGGGCGAUCUGCAGGGAUCUCCGCUUUGCAAAAACGAUGUUACUAUCAAGCAUGAGUUUAACGAGCGCCUUGCGCAGGAAAACAUGCGCCUUUGUUUCAGAUGUAAGGAACGCUGGUUUGAUGUUGAGCUAAAGGCGGAUGGAGUUUGCAAACGCUGUCACCAAAAGGAUGACAAGAAGCGGGCUGACGAACCUUUCCUUUACUCCGCCGAGAACCACCUGGACUUUGGAGAGAUGCCAGACUCUCUACCCAUCCUCCAUCCCGCCGAAGAGAUGGUUAUCUCGCGGGUCCACGUUGCAGUCAACGUGUUUACGGUCCGGGGCCAGCAGUACAAAUAUCGCGGCCAUGUUGUUCAUUUCCUUCGCGACGUAGGCAAGGUCUAUGACGAACUUCCAUUGCUGCCCAAGGAUUUGGAUAUCGUGAUUCUGCGUCCGAGCGGUUCUGAAGCCGAUCCCGCGAUGGACCGACAGUUUCGCAAGCGAUUUCGCAUUCGCCGCCGAGUGGUGGCUACCUGGCUCCGUUUCCUGUCACGCAACCAUCCUGGCUACAAAGGCUUUCUCCUUAGCGAAUCAAAUCUAAGCCAGCUACCCGAAGACGAGUCCAUCUUCGAUCAACUUACCAUCCACGAAGUGAGCAGCUGGGAAGACCUAGAGCCCGACCAGGGCCCAGUCGACGGUGACAGGCCGGAGAACGAGGAUGGGCUGGGGUUCGAUGAAGCAGCUGUACCCAACGUGCUGGUCAAGGAUUCGGAAUUCGCCCUGCUGCAGGGCGGACUCGAAAACAACGGCCCGGAGAACCAAGAACGUCCUCCAAUGCAGCAGCAGCAACCGCGCGACGCUCACCACCUUCCAAUGCCUCCCAUCAGAUUCACGCCGAUCAGCGAGUUCAACCGGUCGCAGGCUCUGCUGUCGCUAGCAUGUCCCAGCCUCUACCCACGCGGUCUUGCUGAUUUCAACCAGCCGAGGCAACGCGCCAUCAGCUACUCGGAUUACUUGGCGCAUGCGAUGAAGUGGCAUGACGGGCGUUUUGCCCGCCAUCAUACCUUCCGUUACAUCGCAUUGAACACCCUCAUGCGGCAGCAGGCCUAUGGGCACAGCCGGUUCUACGUCAACAAGCAGCGGUCUACCGUCCUAACCAAGGCGGAGUUACAACAGGCACUGGAGAAUCCCGACCGUCCUGAAGCUCAGGCAAUCCUCAACCAGAUCUCCCGCUUUGCUGGGGCGAUUCAGGGUACGAGACCCUAUUGGUACCGCCGGCGCAGGGAGUGCGAAUCUUUCGCGCACUGUCUGGGCGUCCCCGGCGUAUUCAUCACGUUGAGCCCAGCCGAUCUGCACUGGCACGACCUCUACCGGCACAUGCCGGAAUUCGAGCGGUGGCAGUGUCGGUACGAAUGGCAAGGACGAGGCAGCAGUCAUAACCACGGGCUGUACUGGUUUGAAGAGGGCCCGCAGCAGGCUACCAGCACAGAUGAGGAGAGGGCGAGGUUCGCGCGUUUGUGGGGUUACCACAUCUCGGCGGAAAACCCCCAGCCCCAUCGGAUUGGACAAGGAGGUGAUGGCGGCAACCCACUGAACGUCGACGCACUGCAGACGGAAGUAACAUGGGACUGGCUGGAUCGCGUCCUCAACCGGUGCCAACGGCAUCAUUGCUCGUCCACCUACUGUUUGCGCAUCAACAAACGCGCGGCGGAACUGGCAGAGAAGAACGGCGAGCCGGGCCCCGAACCGGAAUGCCGGUUUCUGUUUCCCCGCCCGCAUCGAGAGGAAGCCGGCUUGGUUAGAAGGCCGGGCAAGACGUGGUGGUCGUUUGAGGCGGUACGGAACGACUCCCACAUGAACCAGUAUAACCGGCUCAUCACGCUCUGCUGGCUGCGCAACACCGACAUCUCGCCGUGCACCGGGAUCGAGGCGGUGAUCAACUACGCCGCCAAAUACUGCAGCAAGACCGAGACCAAGACCAGCACGUACGCCGAGAUCGCCGGGGCCAUAUUGCCACACGUCUCGGACAGGAACCCCAUGCUGUCGUUUGUUUCGAGGAUGAUGAACAAGUUAAUCGGCGAGAGGGAUUACUCCGCACAGGAGACGUGCCACAUCCUCCUCAAGCUACCCCUCUACCAGGACAGCCGCGUUGUGAUUAGCGUCGACUGCCGACCGGCUGACAGGCAUAACCGGUUGGCAGAAUUCUCCGAAGCGGAUGAGGCUGUCCAGACGAAGAAGACGUCGUACGAGAAAUACCUGGAACGGCCUAGUGACAUGGAGGCGGUGUCGUAUUUCAGGUUCCUGGAGACGUGGAACUUCCAAUCGCCAAACCCGGGCAACUGGAGGGAAUGGCGCCCACCCGCUCGGCCCAGGGUGUUGUAUUACUUCCCGCGGUACACGCCGGUCCAUGGGCACGUACAGUUCGAGGACUUCUGCCGGGUCAAGCUUAUGCUGGCACAUCCUCAUCGGGAAUGCGGCGGCUUUCUAACCCUCGACGGUACCCGUUUCUCAGGCUACGUGGCGGCAUACGAGCACUGCUUGGAGCACCAUGAACAUGAGGAUGACCACUACGGAGAGGCGGAAGCGCCGGAACCCGCGGCUGACGAGGACGAGUUCCGGGCUGUACCCUUCCAGGAAGAUAUCAGUCUCGAAGACUGGCAGGAGCUCGCACGCAUGGUGCCUGAGCUCCAACCAGAACACGAGGAGAUCGACCUACUGACUAGGCGAGAUAUCGACAUCAGGUACGACUGGCAUCCCCACGUCGGCCGGUAUAUCGAUGAACGGUUCGACAGCGGCAAAUACUGGGAUCUUCUCAAAGUCGAGCACCCCAGUAUGGCGGGAGAUGUUGAACACAUUCCUCUGAAGGCCCGGGAUACCCUCAACCGGGAACAGAGGAUCGUGUACGACACUAUUAUGGGCCACCUAGAACGGGAUAACGUACCGCCCAUCCUGUUGCAUGUUGACGGCGGCGGAGGCACUGGGAAGUCGUACAUGGUCAACAUGCUGUCGUCUCACCUCCAGCAAACUCUCCCCGGCCGAAAAUCGCCCAUUCUCCGUGCCGCACCCACCGGGGUCGCGAGCAACCAGAUCAAUGGCCAGACGCUGCACUCCCUCCUCCGCUUGCCUAUCGAUGGCAACUACCGCCCGUUGACCGAAACACCCACUGUUUUGGGGAACCUACAGCGUGUUUUUGCGGGUGUACGUUACCUCGUCAUCGACGAAAAGAGCAUGCUGGGGCUCAAGACUCUGGGUUGGAUCGAUCGGCGGCUCCGCGAGAUCUUUCCGGAGAAGAAUGACUUCUUUUUCGGCGGAUUGAGCGUCAUUCUGAUCGGAGACUUCUUCCAGCUGCCGCCGGUGCUGAACAAGCCGAUCUAUGCCGAGUACGACAGGUUGAUGAAGGAGAUGGAGGUUGCUGGUCUCAAUGCCUACCGCGCCUUCGAGCACUCGGUUUUCUUGGAGACAAUCCAGCGGCAACAUGGGGCGGACCAGGCCGGGUUUCGCGACGCCUUGGUCGAGCUCAGACAGGCUCGGGUGUCGGUCACGGGGUGGGAGCUGUUAGUCUCCCGGUGCGCGUCCAAUCUCUCACCCAGAGUACAAGCCGGUUUCGCGAACGCCGUACGCAUUUAUCCGACGAGAGAAAAGGUGCGGUCUUAUAAUCAUGACCACAUGGUCGACCUGAACUCUCCGGCCCUCUACGUAGAGGCUACCCACCAAGGCGACGGGGCAAGUAAGGCCGAGUCGAAAGACGCCGGCAACCUGUCGAGCCGCUUCCCGGUAUGCAUCGGCGCCAGAGUGAUGUUGACCAGGAAUAUCUGGAACCCGGUGGGCCUGGUGAACGGCGCCCAAGGCACGGUACACGAUAUCGGCUGGGCGGAAGGGGCGGACCCCCUGCGGGAUCCGCCGUUGGUCAUCAUGGUGGCCCUCGACAAGUAUACGGGGCCGCCGUACUACACAAGAGACGUAGAGCUUCAGGACGGGCAGGGCAGGUUGGUGGUCCCGAUCCUGCAGGUGAGGCAAGACUUCACCCUGAAGAACAAGACGUGCAGCCGCACACAGUUCCCCCUAGUGGUCGCGUACGCUAUCACGGUGCACAAGUCCCAGGGGAUCACGCUGCCCAAGGUGGUGUGCGACAUCUCGGAGCGCGAGUUCGCUUCCGGGUUGUCAUACGUGGCCGUCUCCCGGGCGUCGAGGCUGGACGGGGUGAUGUUCGACGUACCAUUCGACCGAAGCCGAGUGAACCGGGACCCGCCGACUGCUGCCAUGCAGAGGAAGCUGGCGGAUUACGAGAGGCGUUGGAAGGCUAGGUUGCUAGAGCCGCUAUACCGACCAAGCAACGUGGAAGCGAGCGAUACGGAGAGUUAUGUGUGA